UAGAUAGAUAGAGAGAUAGAUGGAUAGAUAAAUAGAUAGAUAGAUACAGUAGAUAGAUAGAUAGAUAGAUACAGUAGAUAGAUAGAUGCUUCAAGGUGCAGAGGACAAAGCUGUCUCAGAAAACCGUGACUUCCUCAAAAGUUGAAUUGGUGAGAAAUUGAAACCGACCUUUACAUUAAUAGAAAAGACACAUCCGACCUCAGACGCGUCAGGGAGGCCACGUGUCGCGGUCACACGGAUGAAACCAACAGCUCCAACACUUUGUCAAACCAUAUUUCACACAGUGAAACCACCAGAUGGAGCCGUGGUCCUUCUGUUCUGCUUUCUUUCCGUCUCCGCUCAUGACGCAGUGAUCGUGACAGGGUCAGUCAUUUGGGGAAGGUUGUUGUUGUUGAUGUUCUAAAGCACAGCACAAAGUAUUUGGGUCAACACACCUCUAAUAAUGAGAUAACCCAAAAUACAAAUACUUUACUAUUCACAACUGUAUUGUAGGUCUGGUGAUUAGGCAGCAAUGUAUGUCUUCUUUAAAUAGAAAAAAGGAAAGAGGAACAAAUAUUAAAACUAGAACCCGACCGAUAUGGUUUUUCGGGGGGCGAUAACGAUAUCAGGGAGCACAAGAUAUCCGAUGUAUAUAUAUAUAUAUAACUAAGAGAAGUAACUGUACUUCCUAGUAGAGGACUGUACUUCCUAUUUUGUGCCACUUCACACUUUCUCGUCGCCUGUCAGAGGGAAAUGUGGUUGUUGUUACUCCUCUACAUUCACAGUUACUGUUUGUAAUAACAUUUUACAUAAAAAAGACACCAUAUUCUUUUAAUAUUACAACACAAAAUGCUUAAUAAUAACAACGCAGUAACUACUCUGGGGGCCGCUGACAUGUUGGGGAGACUUCCCCCUGUAAAAAAAGUAAGAUUUAUGAAUGUUUAAAGCCCCAAAGUGGUCAAUUAUUUGAUCUUUCUUUUCCUGAUUUCGUGCUAAUAUCAUCAUCAGUUGAUAGAUUAUCCUGCUACCACAAAUAAAAAAAGAACCUGAUUUGUUUUUACGUCUUUUAUUUGGUUGUAUAAAAAUUUUAUAGCAUACCUCAUACCUGACAUUCUGUUGUCUUCCACGGUUGUCUUCUCAAGCAUCGGCCAAUAGGCUAAAAUCCCCCAACAAAAAGAAAAAUCAACGAGUUGAUAAAUAACCCAUUUUCAUAUUUUUACAUUAAAGAUUGCCAUUUGUUUCACGGCACACAAAACAAACCUGUACCAGGGAAACAUGCUGCCGGAUAAAAGCCCCCUUGUCGGGCCCGCGCCCUUCAUUUGAUAAGAAAAUGAAUGACUGUGACAAUGUGUCAACAAGUAUGAAGCCGACGCCUUAAAGGUAAUAUUUACUCAUGGUGUUUCUAGAGCUGCGACACAGAGAGAGAGAGAGAGAGAGAGGCCAAACACGUAAAACAGCCGACCUGUUGUCGCGCGUCUGCAGCAUGAGGACGUCGGCCCUUUCUCGGAGGGACCUGGGAAUGUUCGGAACCAGCGCCGGCUAGUUCGUUGCCCCCCGGAGGUCAAGAUGUCGGCCAUGGGAGCGCUCGGGAAGAUCAUCUUCUACAGCAUGAUAACCCUCAUCGUCCUGUUCACGGCCAUCAUCAUCCUCAUCUUAUCCUUUGCCCUCUCGGAUUCCACGACCACCGUGAUGAGCAGCAACACGGCGCCCGUCGCAAACCUCGGCGGGGAUCAGCUCCUCAGCUGCUACCUGCGCACGCAGAGCGCCAGCCAAGUGUCCGUCACCUGGACCAAGAAGGACCUGAAGGGGAACGUCUACCAGUACAAGAACGGAGCGGCGGCGCUGAAGGAGCAGAGCUCCCAGUUCCGAGGGAGGACCCAGCUCUUCCCGGACGCGCUGCUCACGGGCAACGCCUCGCUGCUGCUGCGGAGCGUGAGGAUGAGUGACGAAGGCCGGUACACGUGCACCAUCAGCUCCUCUGAGAGCGGAGGCACAGUCAACCUCCACCUCUGGACCGCAGCCUUCACAGCCCCGACAUUCACAUACACAAACAACAUCCUGGCCGCGAACGCAGACAGGUGGUUCCCGAAGCCGAACGUGACGUGGUUGGACCUGGACGAAGACGUCCUGGACGGGGACACGUCCUUCUCAAAGAGCCCCAGCGGCAUAUACGGCGUUCUGAGCACGCUGUCGCCCGUCAACGCCAGCGGCAUCUACACCUGCAGGAUCGAAAACGACCUGGUGAUCUCCGUCUCCGAGGCGACGGUGAAAGGUUCCGCCGUGUCGGGCGACACGUACUUCUCCUUCAGCGGCGCCUCGUCCCUGCGGGCCUCAGCUCACCUGAGUGCGGCGACCACCAGCGUCCUCUGGUGCAUCCUCUAUCUGACGUAGUGACACACACAGACGUCCAGACGGCGUGACCCACUGAAGGAACGACAGGAAGGCGAAAGGCCUCGAAGGCUCGACCCCGACACCGGCGGGGUCCAGUGCGUCAGUUACCCUAUUGGGAUCUAUAGUAUUGAAACACUUGUCCCCUUUCAUAAUAAUUAUAAUAAUAAUGCUGCAACAUCCCUCCAGUAGAGUUCCACAUGUUUAUUGAAAUCAACGCCAAGGUGCAUUGAAGCUACUGUAGCUGCACGUAGCGGCCCAGCACCUCACCACUACACUUUGUAAACUCUAUAUUAACAAUCUAAGCACAUGUGGGCGAUUUUUGGAGAAAGAUUGUGUCUCCCUUUGUUGUCGUUGAUGAUUCGACUGCACUGGCCGAGGAUUGAACCCGCAGCCUCGGGUAUUAGAGACAGACGCGCUGACCACGGGGCCAAAACCACUGUGUGGUGGCGCCUUUCGCUGGCACGUCUCUUAAGGUGUCGGGGAGGGAUGUAACACACGGUGUCGUGAGUGCGUUUUGCACCUUGGCAGAUUGAUAAUAAGAGAUAAGGCUUCUUCUCUGCAGGGGAAUAGGAUACAAGCAGAUCCAGAGCAGCGUUUUGUCAGUCAGAAGCACCGGCGCGUUCUUCUUGCCUGAAGAUUUAACUGUCAACAGUCCACCGGACCACACCUCCUUAAACAACGACACACCCACGGGCACUCCGAUUAUUAGUGCAAGUGCUUUUUUACUGUUUACACAGGGUUCAGCGCUGGAUGGGAAAGAGGAGGAACUGUUUUUGGUCUGAAGACACUUACGCUGUGCUUAGAAGGAGCCCUUAAUGUCGGUUCUUCCUUUAAUUUGUCACCCACCUAUACAGUUAAUAUACAGAUUUAAUAUUCUCCCAUGAAUCCCCAACCUGGAUGUAUACACAUCUUUGUGUGUGCAGCAUUUCCUAAAACUAAUAUGUAAAAAGCAAAGCUUGGAAGAUGAAAUCUGAAGAAGACGGGAUGCUGAAAGCUGAAGGUACAGGAACAGCUGAUAUGCAUGAAUCAAUGGCUGAAAAAUGACUUUUAACGCAGAUGGAAAAACUUGGAAGCUUUAAGCUGGAGGAAACGACCGAGGACGGAUGGAAAAUAGCUGAGAAAACAGCUGAAAUGCGAAAACAAAGACUUGAUAUGCAGAUUAAAAACUUAAAAGGAUUAAAUAUGAAAGACAUUUGCUGAAGAGAUGCACAAUCAAAACUCGGAAGCCGAGAGAAGAAGGAAGCUGCUGAGAGUGGAAGAGAAGGGAAAUGGCUGAAAAAAGAUGAAAUAUUAAAAAAGCAAAACACGAAAAGCUGAAAGCUUGAAGAGAAAACUGCUGAAGUAAAACUGGACACGGUUGGAAAAAAAAGAAAACAGAAACAUUUGCAGCGCAAAUUCUUCAACGACUGACUUCAUUAUUGAUUCAUUUAUUAUCAUUAUGCAACCGACCACCACUACUGAUGAUACUGUACAUUUUACACCGGCACUUUGUCUCUUUGCACAAACCAGAUGAAAAUGUCUGGAGGAAGAAAAUCAGGUGAUGUCGGUUGAAUUGGUUUUGAAUGUUGCUGAAGCUGUAAAAAAAAAUGUGGAAGAUGCUGAGCUCACGAGCAAGAAAAGGCAAAUGAUACACAUUUAAUUCCUCUGAUGUGUGCGUGUGAUUCUUUUAUCCACAUCUUCUGCGAGCAAACUUCUCAAAAUUCACAUAAUUUCUUAUUGUCGGUCAAACAUGAAACACAAAGCUUCUGUGUUGUGAGGAAACAACAUGAAAAAUAAAUAGAAUAUCACAAAUUUCAGCAUUUUUAUACUUGUUAUUAGAGAUUAGUAAUAUCAUAUUAUUCCACAUACAAAUUCGUUGAGGAAUUGAUCAGAAUUCAUAACACAAAAGCUCAAGAUCAUUUAUUUUUUUUAAAUAUUGACUCGGCAAGUUUUAGACCUGAGAAUAAUAAAAACAAACUCCAAUUGAA